AUUUUCUAGAUGACUCUAAAAGAAUCGGAAUGGGUUUUCUCACUAUCAGUCUUUUGCUAUUUGUCUUAGGGAUUAUGUUUUUCCUUGACAGAGCUCUAUUAGUGUUGGGGAAUUUAUCAUUUUUGAUUGGUCUUUGUUUAUUGAUAGGAAUUAAAAGUACAUUGUCAUUCUUCCUAAAGAAAGGCAAAAUUAAGGGAAGCAUUUUCUUUUUUUUGGGAUUCUUCAUUAUCAUAUUUUUAAGAUUAUCAAUUAUUGGAUUUCCAUUGUAAAUUUAUGGACUUUUCCAGAUGUUUAAGUCUUUCCUUCCAUUCCUAUAUGACGGUGCAACCAAACUCCCUAUUAUUGGCAGAUAUUUGAGAAAUCCAUAAUUAAAGAAAAUGGUUGAUGAAGUGUCAGCCAAGGGUCCUUCAGUUUGAGAUAGAUAAAUUUUAUAUUAUUGUUAAUUGAUAGAUAUAAAUAAAUAAUUA